UCCCCACCCAAUGCGAGGCAUCUGUAGGCGGGAUUUGAAGAAAGUUAGUGGAAGUGGAGGGGUGACAGGGACGCUGGAAAAGGGCCGCUGACAGCGUUCGGAACGAAUCGGUAAAUGCGCGAUUUCUGUCCCGCUUCGCCCACCGUGGUGUCCGCUCCGUGUUAAGAGAUGGCAUCUACCCCCGAAGAAAGCGACAAAGAGAAGGCCCGAUCUGUGUCAGUUGACCUGAACAAUGAUGCCUCCUUGCUCAUUGACAUCCCUGAUGCCCUCUGUGAGCGUGACAAGGUCAAGUUCACUGUUCACACCAAGACUACGCUUGGAACGUUUCAGAAGCCUGAGUUUUCUGUGUCCCGGCAACAUGAAGAUUUCAUCUGGCUCCAUGACACCUUAGUGGAGACGGAAGAAUACGCUGGACUCAUAAUUCCACCAGCUCCUCCCAAACCUGACUUUGAGAGCCCCCGAGAGAAGAUGCACAAGCUGGGGGAGGGUGAGGCGUCCAUGACCAAGGAGGAAUAUGCCAAGAUGAAGCAGGAACUUGAAGCUGAGUACCUGGCAGUGUUCAAGAAGACGGUACAGGUCCAUGAGAUCUUCCUCCAGCGCCUUUCUUCCCACCCUGUCUUCAGCAAGGACCGCAACUUCCAGAUCUUCCUGGAGUAUGACCAAGAUCUCAGUGUGCGAAGAAAGAAUGCCAAGGAGAUGUUUGGAGGCUUCUUCAAGAAUAUGGUGAAGACUGCAGAUGAGGUCCUCAUUUCAGGGACAAAGGAGGUUGAUGAGUUCUUUGACCAGGAGAAGACAUUCCUGUUGGAUUAUUUCAGCAAAAUCAAGGAUGCCACCUCCAAAGCAGAGAAGAUGACCCGUUCUCACAAAAAUGUUGCUGAUGAUUACAUCCAUGUGUCUGCCACACUGAACAGCCUUUCUGCUGAGGAUUCCACACCACUGAAGCAGCACCUGGAGAAGCUGGCAGACCUCUUUGAGAAGUUGAGGAAAGUAGAGGGCCGGGUGGCAUCAGACCAGGAGCUGAAGUUGACAGAACUGCUCAGAUAUUACAUGAGAGACAUCCAGGCUGCAAAGGACCUGUUAUACAGGCGUGCACGAGCCUUGGCAGACUAUGAGAAUGCCAACAAGGCGCUGGACAAGGCUCGUUUGAAGAGUAAGGAUGUGGCUCAGGCCCAGCAGCAUCAGCAGCAGUGCCUGCAGAAAUUUGAUACGCUCUCCGAGUCGGGCAAGAAAGAACUGACGAGUUUUAAAGGAAGAAGGGUACUGGCCUUCCGGAAGAACCUUAUUGAGAUGGCUGAGCUUGAGAUCAAACAUGCCAAGAGCAAUAUGGCUCUGCUGCAGGGCUGCGUUGAGCUGCUCAAAAGCAACUGACAGCUGACCGUCACGUUUCCUGGGAAAAGUCAUGUGGCCGACUGCGAGAAAGGAACCUGGAUUCACUGGUCCCAGGUCCCCUUCCCCAUCCCAGCAUAAAUGGACCUGUCGGCCAGCGGUUUACAUUUACAGCUCCCUGUUCCACUAUUCACACUAUUCCACCCCAUGUGUGGUAUCUCUCUCUUUCCCUUGUGCCAUGUUGAACAAGCCUUAUGUGUAACUCUUGCCCUGGUUCAGUGCUGAAUUUUCCAUCCUGGAGGUCAUACAGUACUGGGGCAGUUGGAGUGCCCGUGCGUUCAUGCACGCGUGCACACUUUUUACACCAAUUGCCAUUGUUUAAUUUCUUUUACUGGCAAUGGAAAGGCCAUUUAGUGCCACCGAAGUUGUAGGCCCUUGUUACUGUGAAUACCAUUAUUUAGUGUGUGAGAGAUUUGUUCUGACCCAGAAACUUACCGCUAACCAUGACAAUGGGUUUAGUAGCGGUGUGUUAAGUAACUUAAUUUGUCUCUUUCUCUCUUUUUCUCUUUCCAGCUUUCACUCUGCCUUCAUUUUAUGGUCACACCAUGAGCUUAUUUUUUCCUUAGAUGUGUUAUAAAUGUAGUCAGCCAGGGCUGUUAUGUAUUGAUGUGGAACAAUGUCGGGGUAAUUGUAUAUAAAAAAAAAAAAAAAAAAAAGUGGUGGCAAAUUGAGUGUGCAGCCAUGGCAGGUCAAUUCAGUAGGAACUAGUGCCUAAAAAUGUACUGUUUUAACUGCCAUUUUUUGUGGUUGUUUCAUGUUUACUUUAAUCAACCCAUGGUGAUAUGGAGUUUCCUGAUAUAUAAACACUGAGAGUUAACCUACCACAUAAGAAAGCUGAAUUAACAUGGCAAGGAUUAUUAUGCAAAAUAUUGGUCACAUUUCUGUCCUUUGCCAAGGGGGAAUUUCAUAGCGAAAAUGUGAAAAUUUAAUUGCAUGACCUGUUAUGGGGUAAGGAAGUAGGCUGUGUUAUAUGAACAAAAAAAGAAACUCUGUCUUAAAUUCACCACUUGUGAUUUAGUUUUUACAUUUGGCAAUGUGUUUUAUACCCUUGUCCAAUGACCUGUAUGCUUGUACAGUAGUUCCAGAUUUUGAUUUUAAAAUCUAAAGUGUGGUUCAUGCUGUGUUAAUCCUCCAUCAGUUUAGGACAGGAGGCAAGCAGUCAAUUUGCAAUGUAGCCACACCCCUUUUUGGGCUACGUGUGUCACCAUGGCAACCUCACAGCUGCCACCAACGGCUUCAUCAGCCACACCAUAGUGUCAGGAGCCCCAUGUUGUCAUCGUACCAAUAUUCUGCUUGCACACUGACAGCAUCUGUAUUGCUGAUUUUCACUGUUUACGUUUUUUUAUUAGAUUUUUUUUUUUGACUGACCCAGUCCAGUUGCAUGUGCAAACAAUUAAGGACCAAAAGGCUUUCGUUCUAAUACAAUCAACCCAGAAUCAGGCCAUUUCUGAAAGCAAUAAACAGUGUAAUGGCACUACAAAAUAGUAAUCAAUUGUUAGGGUAGUAAGUUACAUAUAAAAUUGUAUCACUUUUGAUAAUUUGAAUGUAUUUCUAGUUGAUACAAACUGAAAAAAACUACUUGUAGAUUGUUUUCCUAUGGUGUGUCUUUUUUAAGAGACUUGUAAUAAUGAUAAUAAAUAAGUCUUAAUUUCCCA